AGCACAUGCACACUAAGGAUGACUCCACAAAAUUUUUCAACAUGGCGGCUAUUGGUGGCACCGUGGCUCAAGAACAUUGCGGUGGAUUUUCGUUUGAAAACUGUAAAAGAAAUGCCAUCCUGGAGAAAAUGGGCGCUAAGUUGCCCACAGCAAGGAAGACCGGCACAACGAUUGCGGGAAUUGUAUUCAAGGAUGGCGUUAUAUUAGGAGCUGAUACAAGAGCAACUGAGGAUACCAUUGUUGCUGAUAAAAACUGCUCCAAGAUACAUUACAUUGCUCCCAAUAUUUAUUGCUGUGGGGCUGGUACUGCUGCUGACACAGAGUAUGUCACAAAUCUCAUCUCUUCCCAUAUUCAGUUGCACAGCUUAUCAACUGGACGUCAGGCCAGAAUUGUGACUGCAUUACGCAUGUUGAAACAAUUAUUGUUCAGAUAUCAAGGAUACAUCAGUGCUGCACUUGUCCUGGGGGGUGUUGACUUGAAUGGUCCAACACUGCAUACAGUCUAUCCACACGGCAGUACAGACAAGCUGCCUUAUGUCACAAUGGGUUCUGGUUCUUUGGCUGCCAUGUCAGUGUUUGAGUCAAGAUAUAAGCCUGACAUGGAGCUCGAGGAUGCUAAAAAACUGGUACGAGAUGCAAUUGCUGCAGGAAUAUUUAAUGAUUUGGGCUCUGGAAGUAAUGUUGAUCUUUGUGUGAUUACUAAAGAAGGAAGACAAUACCUCAGGCCGUAUGAUGUGGCAAAUGAGAAGGGGGUGAGACAGGGAAAGUAUUCCUACAAGAGAGGUGCAACAGCUGUUCUGACAAAAGAGGUUAAACCCAUUGUGAUGGAAGUAACAGAGACAAGAGUAACACAGCCAGGAGAAGCCAUGGAGAUGUGAUCUCACCUCUUACAGUGUCCCUUUUCUUUGAAAUCUAAUCUUAUUUGUAGCUACAACUGUUAUGCUAGGUUGUCUUGUACAACAGUCUCUCUCCUCAAACUGCUUUGUGUAACAACCAAGAUUAGGAAAGUGUUUGUUUUCAGAGCGGGUGUAGUAUGUAACAUGUUCAUAUAAAAAAUGAAAUAAAAUGUGCGUCAAGCAGAACGUCUUGCAUUUUUCA